CAAACCAUCGGCAUCAACAUCAGCGCCGAAAUUUUCUGAAAAACAACGUCUUAAGAUACCAGUAAUAAGGAAGAGAAUGCCAAAAGCGGACAAAUUUGAAACUGGGGACCUAGUUUUUGCCAAGGUGAAAGGGUACCCGCCCUGGCCGGCAAGAAUAUCAGGGUUGGCAUCAGGACAAAAGUAUAAGAUAUAUUUCUAUGGAACCUAUGAAACAUCUACACUGAAAAGCGAGGACAUAUGGUUUUACAAUGAAGAGACAAAAUCAAGAUUUGGGAACAAGUACAUGAAGAAGAAAGGAUACAAGGAAGGUAUGUACCAGAUUGAGCACACGCCUGACAUCGCUGCUUUUGAUGAUGGGUCUUUUGUUGACUCUGGUGGAAAUGAAACUCUUCCUCUGGAUGAACCUUCAGUAGUAAAGAAGGUUAGCCCUCCGAAGACAGUUAAACGGAAAGCUGAAGAAAGUUUAGAUAUUUGUCAACCAAGCAAGAAGUUAGCUCUCUCCCCCUCAGUCAAAUUGUUUAAACACUCUGCACCAGUAGAUGAAAACAGUCAGCAGGGUCAGGCAACAAAAUCACCAAGUGGUAGUCCAAAGAAGGGUGACCUGCAUGCUACUGAAGGUCGGAAGCUGUGGGUCAAAGUGAAGGAUACAGAUGAUAUAAUCGAAAUAAAUCUGGACAAGGAUAGACCUGAAACCUUCUCAUCAGAAGAAGCAAGGCAAGAAUGGGAAACUGCUUCGGCCAGGAAGGCUUUGAAGUUUAAAAAGAAGGUUGAAAGUGGAGAGUUUGUUCCUCCAGAGAUUCUGAAAAGAUUGGAGGAACGGGCGUCAAAGUCUCCGGCAGAAAGGGAAGCAUGGGACCAGGAUAAAAAGCUGGAACGGAGUAAGGACAAACUAAGAUGGUUGAAGAUUGAGCAGAGGUUGGUAGAGCUAGAUAUUGCUGUUAAAACCUCACUUAAUUUGAAAAGACCUUCACCAGACAGAUGUAUCCAGGCCUUGGAGGAACUACUGGAGCUGGGAAUUGCUCCUCUUAUGCUGAAGAAACAACCGGAUAUAGUUUCUACCAUCAGGAGAUUAAGGAAGUAUGUCGGGCCUCAUGGAUACCUCAACUGGACAGAUGAGGAGGCUAGGAACAAAAUAGAACGGUCCAUAAAUACUAUCCAGAACAAAUCCGAGCUUAUUUUUAACAAAUUCAAAGAUUGCUUCCUUUCCCAGGAUGAGGACGAUGAAGUUUUCCUUGUAAAUUUUGGCAAAGAAGUUUCCCAGUUCAACAAUUAUAUUGAAAACUUGGAUGAACGGAAGGUUCUGAGUAUGACCCGAGACCCAACUAAACCGAUUUCUAGCUUAAAUCCACUCUCUGAUGACGAGGAUUGAUGCGAAGAAUGAAUAAUGUUGUUUCCUAUAUUUUUACAUGUAAAAUGUUGCUUGUUUUAUAACUUGCAUAAAUAAUGACUUUUCAGGCAUUUUAAAAAUUAGAAUUGUUUGUUAGAGACGAACAUCUUAU